CUGAAAUCAAAGAUACUAGCUCAUUGUAUCAACAUUUAUUUUCAGAAGUUAGGAAUGUAUCUAUACCAGACCCGACAUGGAAAGAUCCGUUGGGCAGUCAAGUUAUUUCAGAUGAUUCGAGUGUAUUUAAAAAUCCACCAAAACAUUUGAAAGAAAUAUUUAUGAAACCGGUACGAGAAAUGGUUGUUGAAAAUAAAUAUAACGAGUUUAAUAACGAAAAUAAUUCUUGGAAUAAUCCAGAAUUUGGUCCGGAACAUUCUGAGACUAACAUGAUAGUACCGGCAAUUCAAGCUUCAUUAAGGAAUCUCCCAUAUGGGAAGCCUUAUUUGAACGUCAAAGCAUUUCCAGUGCCGAUAGAAGAGGAGAGGGUCAUCAGGACAACGACCGGAUAUUAUAUUCAAUAUGGUGUUGUAAAACUAUGGCAUGAGACCAAUUAUGGGAUGUAUUACACAUAUAAAAGCUGUAGACCUGAAAAAGACAAGUUUGGAGUAAUUGGAUUACAAGUUGCAAGAUCUCUAUUACAUUUAACAGUACUUAUUAGAGAUGUAGCCAAUGUGAAACAUCAUUACCAUUUACAUGGAUUGAAAAUACCUAUUACUAUACAAUAUUCUGACUUUCCAAUUGUAGCAAAAUUUAUAGAAACUUUAUUGAUAUUUCGUAAUAUUUUAAUUGUUAACAUGUCAUUAUUAUCACAUGGCUCCACACCUAAAUCUGAAAGACAAAAGGAGAGCAGUUUAACUGUAGAUUCCGAAUAA